AUGAGUUGGCUAGCUCUACGAAGCCGGCUUCAAGAGUCGGCAACUGUUACACCUGUGUCAACAGAGGUCGCAAAUCACAAAGGUUCGACUGAACAUGUUGAACACGUCGAGCACGUCAAGCAUAUCGCACCUCCGAACCGUUUCCAGCAUGCCCAGAAAUUUGACAACAAGCUCAGCGGCUCCAAAUUUUCAUUCCAAGACUUGUCCAUCGCCGAGGAUGCUUUGCCUUUCAUUCCACCUACAGUUGUCAAAGACCAACGAAGCCUCCUCUCACAAGGUCAGGGUCGUGCUUGGACCGUCGUGAACAAUAUUGUCUACGACUGUACGGAUUUCAUUCAGCAGCAUCCGGGGGGCGACACCGUCAUACGAAGCUUUGUUGGGGAAGAUUGCUCUUGGCAGUUUUGGCGCUUUCAUUCCAAGGAGAUCAUGGACCAGUGGGGACGACCCUUACGUGUUGGGCGAACAGAAGGGGCAGAGAAUCGAUUCUCCGAGCCUCCUAGAUUUUUUGGACGCCGAGGAUCGCAUAAAUAA